AUGGACAAGGCGUGGUUGAAGCUCCGAUACCCGCCAGCGGAGGGAUAUUCCACACAUCCUGGCUGGCAGGACAGACUGGAGUACGCGACAAGGUCAAUGGCUGACUUGAAGCCUCCGUACGUCCGUUACCUGGGCUGGCGAUUUGCGUGGCACCUCUUCUGGCACCACAAGGGCAUGAGGCACGAGAACGCACCGCUCGAGAGGAUGUGGGGCAACGUUGCAGCGGACGUGCUGCUGUGGCAUUUCGAACUCCUCAAGGAACGUGACCUUGAGGCGCUUUACUGCACGAGCGUGGGUAGCCUCAUUGGGUUGCUAGUGUGUCGUUGGGACUAUGGUAUUGCCAUCCUUGAGAUGUUCUACGCCGUAAGGCAGGACCUCAACAAGCAUGGCUUCAACCCGCUCAAGUCGGCGGUCCAGGGUGCCGACACGGCCAUGCGCAAGUACAUUGAGGCUCGUAUCAGAAGAGAUGACGAGGAGCAAGAGCAUCGAUGGUUUCUAGUAAAUGGUGCCUUCCUAGCUGUCAGCAACAUAUUAAAAGAGUACGGGACCGAAGAACAGCAUCAGCUUUUUGACAAGCUGUAUUUCUUCCUUCCGCGUCUCCCGUACGAAGACUUGUGUCUGUUUUCUCAAGAGACAAGCGAAGAGGAAGCUGGAGAAGAACCAGAUGAUCUAGAUCUAGAUCAAGGACGGGCGGAUCAGUCGAUCGAGUGGCUCUCAUGA